CAACCAUGCCUCAUUUGCCCCUCUCCUGGCUGCAGGCUUCGUUUUCUGGUAAUACGCAUGUGCAAAUCUGCUAGGCGAGGAGCUUCCACGCCGGGCGGGGGAGUGGCCAAGGAGAGGACUGGGACUAACGCGCACGCUCGGAUAUGCGCAGUGCCGGACCGGAGGCAAAAAUCUGUCGAUUUGGAAGUUCGGGGAGGUGACGCAUGCGCAAAUCUGCACUGUGCCGGGGAAGAGGGGAGCCUGACGACUAGGAAAUUUGAAUACCACAGUAGCAUGGAGUGUGACCUCAUGGAGACUGACAUCUUGGAGUCGUUGGAGGAUCUGGGUUACAAAGGUCCUUUGUUAGAAGAUGGAGCUUUGUCUCAGGCAGUCACUGGUGGAGCCAGUUCCCCUGAAUUCACCAAACUCUGUGCUUGGCUGGUAUCUGAAUUAAGAUUAUUCUGUAAACUAGAAGAAAAUGUGCAAGCAACUAACAGCCCAAAUGAAGCUGAUGAAUUCCAGCUUGAGGUGAGUGGGCUACUUGGGGAAAUGAACUGUCCAUAUAUUUCACUGACAUCUGGUGAUGUGACAAAGCGCCUUCUCAACCAGAAGAAUUGCCUCCUGUUGCUCACAUACCUCAUUUCAGAACUAGAAGCUGCCAGAAUGCUGUGUGUGAAUUCUCCCCCCAAAAAAGCACAAGAAGGAGGUGGUAGUGAAGUUUUUCAAGAGUUGAAGGGCAUAUGUAUUGCUCUAGGAAUGUCCAAACCUCCAGCCAAUAUAACCAUGUUCCAGUUCUUCAGUGGCAUAGAAAAAAAAUUAAAGGAAACAUUAGCAAAAGUUCCUCCUAAUCAUGUAGGAAAGCCUUUGUUGAAGAAAACAAUGGGACCAGCUCACUGGGAGAAAAUAGAAGCAGUUAACCAAGCCAUAACCAAUGAAUAUGAAGUUCGAAGGAAGCUUUUAGUGAAACGUCUGGAUGUCACCGUACAGUCAUUUGGCUGGUCAGACAGAGCUAAGAGUCAAACAGAAAAAUUAGCAAAGGUCUACCAACCAAAACGUACACUCUUAUCUGCUAAAAGUACUAUUUCUGUUGCUCAUCUCUUGGCUGCUCGGCAGGAUCUUUCAAAGAUUUUAAGGACAAGCAGUGGAUCUAUUAGAGAAAAAACUGCCUGUGCCAUCAAUAAGGUGUUAAUGGGCAGGGUACCUGACAGAGGUGGCAGACCCAAUGAAAUUGAACCUCCCCCCCCAGAGAUGCCACCAUGGCAGAAAAGACAGGAUGGACCUCAACAGCAAACAGGCAGAGGAGGAGGACGAGGGGGUUAUGAACAAUCAUAUGGUGGAGGACGAGGGGGUCAUGAACAUUCAUACGGAGGACGAGGAGGUCAUGAACAGUCAUAUGGAGGACGAGGGGGUCAUGAACAGUCAUAUGGAGGACGAGGAGGUCACGAACAGUCAUAUGGAGGACGAGGAGGUCACGAACAAGGAGGAGGAAGAGGUGGACGUGGUAGUUAUGACCAUGGAGGUCGAGGGGGUGGAAGAGGAAAUAAACAUCAAGGAGGCUGGACAGAUGGAGGGAGUGGAGGAGGAGGUGGCUAUCAAGAUGGUGGUUAUCGAGAUUCAGGUUUCCAAACAGGUGGCUACCAUGGUGGCAGUGGUAGCUACCAAGGAGGUGGUUAUGGUGGCUUUCAAUCAUCUUCAUAUACAGGAAGUGGAUAUCAGGGUGGUGGCUACCAACAGGACAAUAGAUACCAAGAUGGUGGUGGGCAUCAUGGUGAACGAGGUGGUGGUGGUCGAGGAGGGAGGGGUGGUCGAGGAGGUAGAGGUCGUGGAGGUCAAGGUGGAGGCUGGGGAGCAAGAGGGGGCCAGAAUUAUAAUCAGGGGGGUCAAUUUGAGCAACAUUUCCAGCAUGGAGGUUAUCAAUAUAAUCAUUCUGGAUUUGGACAAGGAAGACAGUAUUCUAGUUGAGGCUACUAAAGAUUACAUUUCAGGAGAGCUCAAGUAAUAGAAACUUCAUUUUAGAGGCCUGAUAAAUAUCUAGUUGAACUAAUAUGAGACCAUAUAUGACCAGAAACUCCUGCUUUAAACAUGAAAUUAUAGAUUGAUAUGCAAUUCUGGUUUUUAAACAAUGGAUUUAUUUAGCUAAUGCUCUUUAUUUGAGAAAUGCAUACUUUUCACCAAAAUUUAUCAAAAAAACAACAAAACAACAACACAUAAAUAGCCAAGUAUGUUUAAUGAUUAGACCAAUAUCACAAUCAGAACAUGCAUAAUGUCUUGAAGAAAUUACUUGGAAAAUGUCAGCAAUGGCUUUAGUAUGCAGUUCUUAGAAUAAGCAUUCUUCUAGAUUCUUUAUAGAUUUUUCAUUAGGAAACCCAAUUUCUUUAUAUUAAUAAUUUCUUUUUCUUUAUUUGCUUCUGGUGCAUAUUUUCUAAGUACAGUUCCGCUCUUUAUAAUUGGCCUUUUAUAUUCAGAGUGAGAUUAUACACAUUUACUUCCCUAUGAAAGUAACAAGUAUGUUUCUAUUAUAUGAGCUCUUCUGCAUAUAGCACAUUCAGUAGCCUUAUCUUCUAUUAAUUAAAAACUAUCAUUUGCUCAACUCUAAAGACCUUGAACAUGGCCAAAAUCUGCAAAGAUCAUUAAAUCAAGCUAAGUUGUGAACUUCUAGUAUGUAGGCAUAUAGUUAAAUAUAGCAAUUCAAACUGACUUGCAUCCAUCCAAAACAAUUUCCUCCUACAACCUUAUUUUUACUUGAAGUUGACUAGAAGGAUCAGCAAACUGAAAUUUGUCUUAUGCACGAGUUAAUACCACUGGCUCAGCAAAUACAAGAGAGUUUGUUUUGGGCAGGUGCCUUUUUGUUUUGUUUUUGUUUUGUUUUUUUGUAAUUGAAGAAAUGCACUACCAAGUAGGAAGAUGAUGGAUGUUGCCUAGUGGAGGAGGCCCUUUAUUAUUGCUGCAGAAACAAAAGCCUGGCUGAGUUGAUGUUUUUACAUUAUUCUUUACUGAAAUCCACAUGAUGCUUCUUGCUGGGUUUUUGUGUACAUAAACAUUGUCAAGCUGUGAAAGAAAAUGGCUGAAGGUGUGCUUUGUAUGAAAGGUGAGCAAUAAAGUAUCCGUGUGUUCUCUGUUUUGUGUGAGCUUUAUUUGAAUGAUUAGUUAUGAUUAAUGGAAUAUUUUGAAACAGUUAUUUAAAAAAAAUUAGAGAUCUUAAGAUUUUGCAUAAGUGCAUUAAAGAUCUUAUGUAUUUCCUUUAGUUUAAAUUUAUAUAGCUCCCAGAAGUUUGCAAAGCAGUUUACAUAGAUUAUUUGAAUCUCCCAACAAUCCUAGGAAAUAGACAAUGUAGUUUUUCUUUUCUCCAUUUUACAUAUGAGAAAACCAAUCUCAGAAGUUAAGUAGCUUUCUCAAGCUCACACAGCUAGCAGGUGGCAGAGAGGGGGAUUUGCCUUCUACUCUCCCUCUCUCACUCUAACCUCUUUUCCAAACUGUCUUCAUUUUAAUGAUCUUCAUUAUAAAUGAUUAUAAAGUGAUAUACUUAAAGAUAAUUAUCAGAAGAUUCAAAUGAAAGUAGUUAAAAUAUUGAGUUUAGCUUUUAAUAUUAAUAUAAUUCCAUUUGAUUGACUGAACUAUGUUUGCCACCAUUGUUUAAAAACACCAGUAAGAAUUCUAACCCCUUUUCACUUUUAUUACAUUUAGUCUUCACGAGAUACAAUCAAAUACAUUUGUCACUUCAUUUCCAGUCUUUUAGUGAUGACCUGUACCCAUGUAGCUUACUUGGUCCAUGUAGAAGAGAUAAGCGAUUCAUUUUUUAUCUAAUACCUAUUUUGAUUGAUAAAACUUUCUAAAACAGGAUAAUCUAAAUAACUGCUUUGUGGCCACUGGGUGUAGCUAUUGAUACAUAUGUCAAGCAAGUGUAAUUAUGAUUAUUUUAAGUAUUUGUGUUUUCUCUCAAGACUUAAAAUACAGUACACUACAUUUUUCUUGAGUGGUUACAAAUUGAAAAAUAUGAAGUUGUAUGACUUGUGAAAAGAUAGCAUAACCUUAAGCCCUACAAUGAGCCUCCAAAAUUUUGGCUUUUCACUUUUUUUUCACUAAAUACUUAAUAUUGUAUUUAUAGUUAAAGGUUUUGCAUUAGAUAUAAAACUCAACUUUAUUUCUUUCAGGUGCACUUAUAUUAAAUGCAACACUCAACUGAGUUUACAGUUUUCUCCUUUCAAAUACCACAAUCUUCCCACUAAACAGAGUUUUUCUAACAAUUAACAUUUUUAAAGGAUGAUUUAUCUAAUUUUAUGAAUAAAUAAGAAACUAAUAUGACAAACUAUGUAUUACAAAUGUGGAUGACAUUUAAGAAGAAAAAGGAUCGAUUUUUAUUUUAACGGGUUGAAAAUAUUCAUGUCUAUAGCACCUUCUCAACAGAAAAUGAAUUAUGUUCCUGUUAUUUUCUGGUUCUUUUAAUAUUGCUCUAGUUCUCUAAAAAUAAUCUAUUCAACCAUCUCAAGGUCCAAUUUUUUUUGUCAAAUUAUUUUAAUGUUGUAGAGUACUCAUAUUAGUAUUAGGACUAGUCUGAAGAGAUUUACAUUGUAGUGAAUAACAUUUCCAUUAAAAAUUACUCAUGAGGAAACAAAAAGUACAUAUUUCCUAGUAGGAAGUCUUUGAAAUGUGAAGCCUUAAAUUUUUUUCUCUUGAACAAACAUAAAACCAGGACAAGCUGAACCUUUUUGUUGGUUCUUUUUUUCCUACUAACACCAAUGAUUAAAACAGGAUGCUAACAUUUUAUAUGUAAAUUAUUUAAGAGUUAAGUCUGCUUACUCUCUCAUUUCUUAUAACCAAUCUGAAAUGUUGAUAGCACUUCAGCAUAAUGCCAUGCACAUAGUAAUUAAUACUCAAUAAAAAUUUAUUGAGUGAUUAAUGUAAGCUAAUUCUAAGAUAAUAAAGUUCAGGCAAUUUUAGGCAGUAUCUUUAAGUAUCAUUUCAUCCACAGGUGGAAAAAUUACUUAAACAUUUUGAUAAUUAGUGUGUUCACACAUUGGGAUAGAGUAGUUCAUAAGUUAUCCUUCACUAAAUAAAUAUGAAUCUAAAUGUCUAGAGCAUCUAACAUAUCUCUGAGAAAUGUGACUGUUUCUGAUGAUUUAUUAUAUCAUCUGUUAACAUAUUUUAAUAGCAAGUCCCCUCUCUUGGAGAAGGAGAAAAACUAUUAUAGAAUCAGAGUUGGAAGCCUAUAUUGUCUAAUCUGUAUUUAAAAACAAAGUUUUUUAAAAAGGUAAAAAGUUGGGGAUUUUUAUACCCUGAAGUGUACAAGUAUACCAUCUGAGAUUGUGUUUUAUUUUCAACUAUAUCAUAUUUAGAUUGUAAAACCAGUUUUUCUUGUCAUUUUAUGCUUUUGAUUUUAGCAUCAUUUCUUCUUAAUCAGACAAUUAAUUUUGGUUUUCGGCAGACAUUACAAAUAAUUAAACUGUAUCUCUCAAUACAAGUAAAAUAGACAAUAAAGUGAAAGACUUUUGAA